CGGCGCCCGGCGGGGCUCGGCGCGGCGCGGGGAGCGGUCGGAGCGCAGCGGAGCGGCCGCGAUGGGCGCCCCGGGCACGGCGGCGGAGCGGCGGCGGCGGCGGCGGCGGGGGCAGCGCUGCGCGCUGUGCGCGCUGUGCUCGCUGGCCCUGCUGCUGGCCGGCUGCGCGGCCGGGCGCGGCGGUUACGAGGCCCUGAGCUAUUCUGUGGAAAGUGGUGACAAGUGGAGCGGGCGACAGCUCCUGCAGGCGCGCGAGCAGAACGCGAGUGACCUUCCAGAGGAUGGGGGGCAGCUCUACAUCAGAAACUGCACUGAACCAGCUCUCCAUGAAUUCCCCAAUGACAUCUUCACGAACGAGGACAGGAGACAUGGAGCAGUUGUCCUGCACGUCCUCUGUGCUGUGUACAUGUUCUACGCGCUGGCAAUCGUCUGCGAUGACUUCUUCGUCCCUUCACUGGAAAAGAUCUGUGAACGCUUGCAUCUCAGUGAAGAUGUGGCUGGGGCAACUUUCAUGGCAGCAGGAAGCUCUGCUCCUGAGCUGUUCACAUCUGUCAUAGGUGUUUUUAUCACAAAAGGAGACGUAGGCGUUGGAACCAUCGUGGGCUCGGCUGUAUUCAACAUCCUCUGUAUUAUUGGUGUGUGUGGGCUUUUUGCAGGACAGGUUGUUGCGCUGUCGUCGUGGAGUCUCUUGAGGGAUUCGAUCUACUACACACUGUCUGUUGUUGCUCUCAUCGUGUUUAUUUAUGAUGAAAGAGUUUCCUGGUGGGAGUCCUUAGUCUUAGUGCUGAUGUAUGUCAUCUACAUCUUCAUAAUGAAGUACAACUCAACCAUACAUCACUUCUUUGAGAGGAAGACAAAAAACUCUGCAAAUAUGGUGAAUGGUUUAGCAAGUAACACAGAGAUGGACGACAACAGCAACUGUGAUGCCACAGUGGUGUUACUAAAGAAAGGUAACUGUUCCAGAAAUUUCCACCGUAAAGCCUCAGUGAUCAUGGUUGAUGAGCUGCUCUCUGCCUACCCACACCAGCUUUCAUUUUCCGAGGCUGGGCUCCGGAUCAUGAUAACCAGCCAUUUCCCUCCCAAAACACGUCUCUCCAUGGCCAGCCGCAUGUUAAUCAAUGAGAGACAGAGGCUGAUCAACAGCAGGACUUACACCAACGGCGAGUCAGAAGUAGCAAUCAAAAUACCCAUCAAGCACGUGGUGGAGAACGGAACAGGCCCCAGCAACUCUGCUGAGCGUGGCGUGAACGGCACGCGGCGCGACGAGGACGUGGCCGAGGCCAGGAACGAGAACGAGAACGAGGACAACGAGAACAACGAGAACGACGAGGAAGAAGAUGACGAUGACGACGACGACGAUGAUCAUGAAGGGCCGUACACGCCUUUUGACCUCCCCACUGGCAAGAUAGAAAUGUUGAAGUGGGUCUUCACAUGGCCCUUGAGUUUUGUCCUGUACUUCACAGUGCCCAACUGUAACAAACCCCACUUGGAAAAAUGGUUCAUGGUCACCUUUGCUUCUUCUACCCUGUGGAUUGCAGCUUUUUCUUACAUGAUGGUGUGGAUGGUGACAAUCAUUGGGUACACACUGGGAAUUCCAGACGUGAUCAUGGGCAUCACUUUCUUGGCAGCAGGAACCAGCGUGCCAGACUGCAUGGCCAGCCUUAUCGUGGCCAGGCAAGGUAUGGGGGAUAUGGCCGUGUCCAACUCCAUCGGAAGCAAUGUUUUUGAUAUUUUAAUUGGCCUGGGCCUUCCCUGGGCUUUGCAGACCCUAGCAGUGAAUUAUGGAUCAUACAUUCGGUUAAACAGCAGAGGACUUAUAUAUUCUGUUGGUCUCCUGCUGGCAUCAGUUUUUGUCACAGUUUUUGGUGUCCACAUGAACAAAUGGAAACUGGAUAAGAAGCUAGGGUGUGUGUGCCUUUCCCUUUACGGCAUCUUCCUGUGUUUCUCCAUCAUGACAGAAUUCAAUGUUUUCACUUUUGUGAACUUGCCAAUGUGCAGAGAUCACUAACCCAGGUGGCAGACUGUCGGGAGGAGCUUCCUUUUUACCUGUGCAAUACAAGCCACGGCUGGCAUUUCCUGGAUGCAGUGCACCUCCAAGUCGUGACCUAGAUCCUGUCACUGUUCAUAGGACCCGUGGUCCCGUCUAGGUUUGCCCUCUCCCUGGCCCUCACAACCUGGAACAAUCCUUCAUCGAUGUGAAGAGCUUUUUUUCAACAUCCAUGUGAUUUCCUUGCUCAGUUUUUGAACAGUGUGACUGAGACUCAAGAUGAACUGGCUGCUAACUGGCGUUAAGCCAGUCAAAACUGGUCUGCUACAAUUCCUUCUUUUUUUAAGUUAUUUGAUGGAAGACUAAUUAAUUUAUGACUUAAGACUAUUGCUACAAUGCAGGAGAGGGUACGUCAUAUGGAGGCUGACUUUCAAGGAGAAUCAUUGGGAAUUUUUUUUUGGUUGUGGGGAGUGUUUUUUGUUUGUUUUUAGCUUUUAGUUUCGGGUUUGCAGGUUUUUUUUGUUUGUUUGGGGGUGGGGGUGUUGCUUUUGUUCUUUUUUUUUUUACUUGCCAGAGAUCAAAGUCCUCUCUUGCAUCUUCUCCUGAGUGCUGGGUUUCCUGUAACAAUCCAAAGGCCACAGGGCAGUGUAAAAUGGAAAUGCAAUUCAAGGUACUCAGCAUAAGAAUGGACAAAAGAAGAUUGUCAAGGAAAAAACUGAUUGACUUUUUACUAUAAAUAGUUAACCUUGUACAAGUUUGUUAAAGAAUGCAAGCUAAAUGUGGAUUCAAAGGGUAAACACUGCUACCAUUUUACUAUGAAUGUUGGAGUUUUAUUACUAGGGUGUUUGUUAUUUCCAAGCAAUAGUUUGAUCGCCAGCCCAGAAGGGCUACCAAGCAGGUGUCCUGGUUUUUAAUGGUCUGCACAUGGAAAUGGAAGGUCAGAACUUUCUCUGCUUCAUCAGAUUUCUUGUUUUGGGGGGAUUCAAUAGUUUGUGUCUUAUUCGUUCUGCGAAGGACAUAAGUACAUGUGAAAACUUUUCUAAAUGAGUUACAGACACUGGUUUCUUUAAGAGGAAAGAGGCAUAUUUUGCACAGAUAUAGUUACUGAAGUCAUAAUUUGCCAUUCUUUAAAGAAUACACUGGACCUGGCCAGAUAUUUUUUCGUCUUAAGCAGUUGAACUUAUCUGAUAACAGAUCAUGUGGAUUCAUCACCUCUCCUUUUGGGAGGGAGGAGGACACAGACACAGAUGGCACAUUUUAAAACGUGGAAUAUCUUCAAUGCAGACUCGCUCACAGAUCUUAAGUUAUUGUGAAAGUUUAGCUAUUCAUUGUUCCAGUAUCCCUGCUAGAUUUUGUAUAAUUCUGUAUUAAUAUGCAGGCAGAUUCCACCCCUGAUAAACACCAUCACUGCUUCAUUUGUAUGUAUUGAUACUGUGCGUUCUCGCCACUGCGGCUCUUGUAUUUACUUUAAGCACUGAUCACUUCUGAUCCUCUUGUAUAUGUUCUGCUAUGAAAUGUAUUAAGAGACUACCAGCUAGGUGAAUGUUUUUGUCUAUGGUACAAACAGUGGCAUAUAAUAGUAAAGGUACAGCAAACCCUACAUAACAGAAAGAAAGGAAAAAACCCGAAACACCGAACCCUAAACUAUAGCAGAAAAAGAAAAGCGCUCCAGUUUAAAAGAAAAAAGAAGAGAGCCACGUUGUGUUCACAGAUGAAAAGCCAAUUUUUUUUUCACUUGCACUUUUGAAAUCUAUUUUUUUCAGUCUGAUUUCCUUUGAGCAAAAUGUUGUAAAUGAAAAUAUUUACACCCUGUGGUUUCCCUUCAGCUCAGCAGCUGGUUUUCUUUGUUUGUUACACCAAACACGCGGAGGCACUGGCAGCUCUUGCGCUGUGCGUGGCAGCGAAGUCCUGUGGAAAAAGCCACAUCCCACUGGCCUCGCUCGGGGAGCUACGUGUGCAGGUGGAUCCCUGGCAAGAAGAAGAAGGGGUCCAGGGACAGAGAGCAAAGGGAGUGGAUGACAUGCCUGCAUCUCCAGUUUUCAUCCUGGAAAGCAAUUGUGUUGCUGCUUGUUGAGGUCUGCAGCUGAGGUUUGAGCAGCCUUCUCACACCUGUGCCCGUGGAACAUCCUCUUGUGUUAGGAAGCCCACUGUACCUUCCUGUUGUUGGGUUUUUGUUUCUUUUGUUGUUGUUGUUAAUGAGAUGAAUAAUAAUAAUAGCAACCGUUAAAAUGCCUAAAAUACUUCUGUAAGUCAAAUGAUGUUUGCAGCGAUGUGGCACGGGUCAUUAAAGCCACCCCACAAACACGCAGCUUCACUUCCUAGCGAGAUGCAGUUGCUCCUAAGCAGAGUGUGUCCUUGCUGAUAAGGGGAAGGAAAAAAAAAAGAAGUUUCAUAUCAGGGCCUAUUAUUUCUUCUAUUUUGAAUAUUUAUACUGCUGCUCCAAUGGAGCCAGUUGGAUCUAUUUCUGCGAAAUAGCCAUUACCUAUCCCGUGGCACAAAAACUACACACGUAUUUCUUAGGAACUUUUCCUACUGGUGUGCGUUAAAUACUGUAGUAAUUGUAGUUUUGUGUUGUGUGUAAAACCUGAAAUACCUUGCUUUGAUACUUGUGUGUGUUUCUAGAAUGUUCUGCAAGCAGCUUGUUCUAAACAGAAGCAAAAGGUACCUUGAACUGCUGUUACCUGUGCCGUAGAUGGCUCGAUAAGCACGUCCUAAAGCGAUGCUUUCUGCCAGGUGUGCUGAUGAUUUCCAACGAAAUCAUCAGGUCCAGGCCUGGCUUGGGACAGAGCAGACCGACUGUGCCAGGAGAGAGCAUGCCUCUCAUUCUUGUUAGCACAGUCACAGCCUAUGUAGAACAGCAAAAAAGCAGCAAUUUUUGGCAUCCUUCCUGUAUGCUGUCUCCAAAAGUGGCACGGGCAGUUCUAUUCCGAUGCAGGGCAUACUCAGAGCUUUACUGGGCCUUGCAGAGGACUGUCUCUCAGGAGUUGUCCUAGGGAGGUUGUCCCCUGCCAAGGUCAGACUGGAGGACAGCCAGUGCCUGGCUUCAGUGUCCCCGUGGGAGGCUCUGCUUUGCCCAUGGAUGCAUGAGCUGUGAGCUGUCACCAGAGGCAGGGCCUCAGGAGCUGGCCAGGCUGGCACAGCCACUGUGCUUGGAAAGGGGGAGCUGAGGGGCUCUGGGCUCAGGGUUGGGGGGCUGCAGGGAGCCACCAGGGAAGCUGAGUUCUGUUGGGUAUUUUUAGCAUGAUUGUGAUUCAGUUUUCAUCUUCUGAAAGCAAGGGUCACCUUCGCGUCCGAGGCUGCUCUGGUUCUUGGACCAGUCAAAUGUUUUUGUUUCCAUUCCUAGCAAUUUCAGAUGAUCUUCAGUGAGUAUUUCAAAGGGAGAUUAAAGAGCCUUUUUCUCCGUGGAGAGGCUUCACUGCAGUUCUUACUUUGACUUAAAUAUGUGACCCUUGGCUGGCUUCAGAUCUGCUUGACAUGGAUGGCCUUCCUUUGACAGUGGUUCAAAGGCAGAAUGACAGGAGAGGGUAUGAUAAGAGAUGGUCUUAAACAUGCUGGGAAAACUGCUUUUGUCCCUACCAAAGGUGAACUUUUUACCUGCCUUUUUUCCCCUUUUUUUUAAAUUUAUUUUUGUUUUUCAUGUGCUGUGCUUUUUAAUAGACUUUUUCUGUGAUAGGAACACCAAUAUGAAAUGUGUGCAUGGGAGAUUUUCACUUGGACAAUUUGUUGGUUUUGCUGUGAUGCCACUUGCAUGCUUAGUUUCCAGAUCUCUGUCCUCAGCUGUGUCACUGAAAUCAAUUGAUUAGCUUUGGAUUUGUGAUGGUGGUGCUUGUGGAGAACGAGGUGCAGGACUGGGUUUUUUUCUUGACAAAACAAAUCAGGUAGAACAGCAGUUAUAUUUUAGAAAAAACAACAUUCAAGGCAGGUGGAGUAACCUGAAGGUAACUUUUAAUACCCUGCUGCCAGAACAGGGAUUUUUAUGUCUUUUUCAAUUGAUACUUGUGAGAUAAAAUGUACAUUAAGUAUUGUUGAAUAACUUUUUAGAAAACCAUAGCUUUCUGCUGACUGACAAAUAUUUCUUAUAUUAAGAUUUUUUGGAAGCCCUAAACCUUUCAAUUAAAGUUCACAGAGAUGCAAUAGUGCGAGGUUUGUCACUUUCAAAGUUACACCGCUGGAGCUUUAAACUUGUUUAAAAAUAUAUUUUAAAAAUCAAUCUCAGUGGACCAUGCUUACCUGAAUUUAAUUCUGCCUUGUACUUUCAAAGUUUCGCUUGAUCAGCAGCCACUGCAAGUUAGUCUAAAAGAGUCUUACAUCCUGGUAAGAAUGUUCCUUUUAGAUUGGUACAACUUUAACUGAAUCAGUUUAAAGCCAUGGUUUUAAGGAAAGCAGUGGAAGUUUGAAUAUUUGAAAGACCUCAGCCACUUCAGAUUUAAGGAGCUGCAGAGUCUGAGUGUGCUGAAUGGAUGUACCGAGCAGUAUGCAAGGCUGAGUUUCAGGAAGAGACUUUUCAGUAUUCAGGGACUUGAGUGAAAUCUGACCUUUGUGAAAUCAGGGGCAGAACCCCCGUGACUGUUGUGGGGUCAGUGAUGUGUUUGUAGCAGUGAGUCCUGGAAAGGAUCGGGACACUGCGUUUUUUUGGGUGAGUGGCCUUUUAUUUUCUUACCUGAAUAGAUAAAUUACUAUUAAUUAAUAAAACCAAGCACCUUUAAGGGAAUUUACAUGAAUACUCUGUUACCACUUAGUGGCCUCAAAUCCGAAGCACAGUUCCAAAAAGCAUCUACUUCUGCCCAAACUGCUUGCACUUGUCUGGCUGAAUCUGCAGAAUCAAGCUCUGGUGAGGACUUGAUCCCUGCCUUUGGGAGAAGUUAACUUUAUUCUGGGAAAGCAAUAGGGUAAGAAAAUGCAGUCUGUUUUGUUGUAUCCUGGGGAUGUAAAUUGGCUAGGAAAUCGAUUAUUUGCUGGCCUGAAACAGUCUGACAUCUAGGCCAAGUUAUCCAAGUUUGGGUAGAAGCACCUAAUUUCAGGAAGGCGUCAAAAAAAAGCAGAUUAUUUUAAGCAACAUAUUUUUAAAUGUAUUUAUGUAGCAAAAAUUACUUUAUUGUGGUAUUUUUUAGAUCGGUUUCUGUUUUUCUAAUAGACUUGCAGAACAAAUUUGAAACCCCCCACACCAGAACAACCUGACAGAAAUCUUGUCAGUGUAAUCUGUCUCUGCCAGGUAAGAUUUGAAUGGUGCUAAAAGUCAACGUGAUAAUUUUACAGCAGCAAUUCAAUGUAACAUUUUUACUGCCAGCUGAGGAAAACCACACCACUGCAUGCCUGACCCUGUGAGGAGCAUGGUCACAGAUCUGCUUCAGUGCUGAGCAUUUGCCACUGAGGUUUUCCAUUGGCAUGCCUGACAAGCCAAGUGAGACCUUGGUUCCCGGAGGAGCAAUGCCUGCUGCUGAGCAUUUUGUCCUGUCAGGAGAGGAGAGGGCUGCAGGGGCACAGCCCCCUUGGCUACUCGUUACAGCUGGCAGCCUGGCAUUACUCUUGCUGCUUUUUCAGAGCGGGGGCAUAUGUUUUCCUGAGGACCAAGUCUUUGCUUAGCUCUGGUCAGGGUUGCUUUUGGCUGAUAAAUGCUGGAGCAGGGGAGGGAACAAGGGCUCCGUUCACUUUAUGUGUGUAGAGGAGGAUGUUGAGUGGCAGAUGCUGUGUCACAGGAGGACUUUGGAUGGAGCCUGUAUAAAUAUUGGGAUGUUCUAUGAAAUCUCUCCCAGGGGCAGACAUCCCUGUACACCCAGCAGCCACCCACUUUGCUUCCUUAUUUUAUCUUGCCAGGAUUCAGAAUUUUGCUUCCACUUUUUCGUAAGCUGUAUCCCUCUGGUUUGAAGCUGGCCCAUGUGCUACUUUCUGUAACACAGAAUUAAUGACUGGGCAAGCACAAGUAGUGUACAGGUUCUGAUCCAGUAAGCUGAUGGGAAAAAAUGCAAGGAGAUCCUUGCUUGGCACACCAGCCUCCAAGCACCUGACUGCAAACAGCACAAACUGCCUGCCUGGAAAGUGCCUGGAAAGUGCCACUGGGAUAUCAGGCACUGCACAGGACAUGGGAACACUUCUCAUGUGUUUUCAGAGACUCCCUCAAGGGAAUUUUGCACCCUGUACAAAGACAUGCAUUAUACAAUAAAUAUAAUUGAUCUAGUUAAGGGAUUCUAGAUCUGACCUGGGCCUUUUACACUUUGUGAAACCAGAUUAUACUAUGGGAGUUUUACUGAGGGACUUGGUCACAAGUUUAUAUAAUUCACUGCCAGGUUCUUGGUGUUUUUUUAAAAUGUAUGAACAUAGGUUUGUAUUCAAGCAAAAUACAAUAUUUAUACAUAUAUAUACACUUUACCUAGUAAAGUAUAUGUGUUAACUGUUGUUAAAUUGAAGCCCUGUGGUAACCAGCUGUUUCUGCAUAGGAAUAAAUUCUUACCAUGGCAAGUGCUAAGAUGUUAUAGGUGUAUGAGUAUUUAAGACAAUCUUACACAUGCCUAUUUAUAAACUCAAGCAAAGUUUUUAUUUGUUUUAGCAAGGUAUUGUGAGUGGUGCAUGGCAGCUGCCAUGCAUCUGUGUAAUACAUCUGUGUACAUUGAGUAAUAUUUCUGAUUAUUGUUAGUCAUUUGAAAUUCCAGUUCUAUUGCUAAAUAUAAAGUCAGCUUCAGAGAAAAAAAAAAAGAGCAUCUGUGAGACAUUGAGGAGGUCAGAAAGUUCUGCACUGCAGUAUUUGUGCAUUUUAUUUAUUUAUUUUUGAAACACAGAGUGCUGAGCCCCUGGUUCAAGAAAACAUUUCCCCAUGCUGGCAGAAGAUUUAGGAACCUAAUUUUGGUCCCCUCCUAAAGCUAAUGCCAGGUUUCCCUGGGUCAGGGGCCAAGCAGACUAAGCUAUUUAGAGCGUUGUUCUGUCCUUUUAAGCGGCCACAAAAAGGGGUGAGACCUUCUCAAAUGGUUCUUGUAACUUUUGUUAGUAGAGAAGCUGAGAAAUGCUGAGAGAUCCAAAGAUGCUUCUGCAGGUGAUCUGUAUGUAAAUAGUAAGUACUCCUUGCACUUUUAAUACUUGUAAUAUCACUGUCACGAGGUACCAUUUGCAAUAACCAAAAUUCACAUUUCAUAAGUUACCCACAAGUAGACUUUUUUAUUAUUAUUUUUGAGGUUUUUAUUUUCUUCUUCCCCCUUUCUGAUUAAGGAAUUAAUCUUCCUUUGACUUGUUUUCCCCAAUUCUUUUCAACAGUAAGUGAUUGGCUCUGGUUAAAUGUGAAGAUCCCCCUAAACCAGGUGUCACAUGCCAGCUAAUGCUUGGGGGAAGCUGACAUUUAUUGUCCCAGCUUUAUGACAGGGUUGUUCCCAUCUGCAGCAGGCAAGGACCUCCCACCUUGAAAUCCUGCAGUAGAAAUGGUCCCAGCACUCACAAACACAGCACUCCCCUAGUUCCACCACACUGGUUUGGUUUCAGGGGUCAGCAGAUCUCCAGGGCAGAGCAAUCUGUCACAUCAUCACUAUCAGGGGGGAUACAGUAAGGCUUCCUGGGGGAACACACAACAGCAACAGUGGAGUCCUUUUGCAGACAAUGUAUUGGAAGAGAUUUUAUUUUGCCAUCUUUUAAAGACAUGGGGCAAUUUUAGGUCAGGAAAAAAAAAAAGGAAGAUAAAGCCUGACUGUACAAAGUACAGCCUCAGUCUUUCAUGAAGGUUUGUAAUAAUGGUCAAGUUUUGCUUAGAGUGAGCUCCCAUAUUUUGUCAAGCAUAGAGCUCAGCUGAGUUUUUCAUCCUUGGUUCUCAGAAACAACCUUUUUCUCUCAUGUUUCUCACUGCAGUCAGGACCUCUGAGCAUAACAUGCAUUUCUGUAUCAUGGAACUGCCUUGUGAAAUUGCUUAUAGGUGAAGUGAGCAAGCACAGAGAUUGAACCACAACGGGUUUUUGAAAGAAGCCAAAGCAAGCAUGCUUGUGUAGUAAUUUUUGUUGUGAAGUAAUUUUUUUUAAUGGGUGCCAGGAGCAAAGGACACAGUGGGAAUCUGUAAUCAUGCAGCACCAGUGGAGAGCAAGUGCAGGUGAAAAUAGUAUGGCAUCACAAAAAUUUGUCUGCAAUUUAGAUACUGACAAGUUUCACGGGGGUCACAUUUACAUGAAGAUUUUCCUGAAUGCUACUUGAUCUUUGCAACCCUUGGUCUUUGGUCAGGAAAGGUGAGAAGUACUUUGUCCCUUUCUGAGGGAGAAGGGAGAGAUGCCUAACCCAAUGUUUCCAGCUCUCACCCUGGCUCUCACGUGUGCAGUGAACUUUGCAGUGCAUUGAAAAUUUAGGGGUAAAUUUUAGUUGGCAUUCCCUUGAGGAGCAGUGUGAUUGACUUCAUUGUCCCCCCUUGUAAAGCUGAGAAUCCCUACUAUGCAGGGAGUGUUGUGUGAGAUUACUAAUGGAAUGUUACCUUCAUCCUGCAUCCAAUCUUUGCUUUCAAGACUGAAACACUACUUGGAAGAUGUUUGUAACAGUUUGGGGGAUUUGUUUUUUGUUUGGUUGGGGUUUUUUUUUGAAGUUUUUUUUGGUGUCUGUCAAAGUCCUGUGCAAUAUGAACCCUCCUGGCAAGGUCUGGCAGUGUUUUGGGUGUUCCUCUUGCUGGUGCAUUCAUCAGAGCUUCAGCCAGUGGGACGUGUGGGAGGGUAGGAGUGCCACUUCUGCUGGGUGUGUGAAGGGGCACCUCUGCCAAGCACUCCAGCACAGGCCUGGCAGUGGGAGUUGAGACUCAGGUAAAUCAGGAUUCCAGAGAACAAAAAGGUGAGCAGACUGACCUGUUAAUCCUCUAGUAUGCUGUGCAAGUUUUAGCCCCUUCCGGUGUUUUUUCCAAGCCAAGCCCAAACUGAUGUGUGUACGUGGGUGCCAAGCCAAAGGCAGCCAAGCUCAGCACCCCCAGUCAGCCUGGCAUCACCAAGGCAUGUGGGCACAGCCCCAGGGCCAGCACUCCAUCCUGGGUGGGUGGGGGGUUGUUUAAAUCAUUUCAGGGCCCAGCAGUCAGGUGAGAUCUGAUAAUUUAACAGAGCUAUAAUGGAAAAUGUGGGUUUGUACUGUUGCUGAAGUCUUAGGCUGCUGAACGUGAUCCCUGCUGUGGCUUGUUCUAAAACAGAGGGCUGAGAGUGUACCAGACUCUGAAUCAUGGUGUGGUGUCUGCUUUGUGAUACAGUCACAGCAUCCAAGCUGCAGGAAGCACAGCAAUAAAAGUGACUGAUAGCAGCACUUUCUGUUUGAUUGGGGAUCAGAUGACACUGUCUGGGUCCCUUAUCUCUGGGCAAUUCUGUGAUGCUUCUCAUCAUAAGGAAGAAAAUGUAGGUGGAACUGAGUGCAAAUAUACAUAUAAUGUAUGUUCAUUUACAACCAGCCAGAAAGCAAAACAAGCAGUGGUUUCUAGUAAUAUAAUUCUACUCAAAAUAGCUUUCUAUUAAGUCAGCUUGAAAGUGUUAAAAUGGUGGAGCCACAGACAAAACAUUUGUUACCUUUUGAAAUUAGUUGCGAUGGUUUUGUCAUACUUGUACAAGUGUUAUAAGGUCAGCCUUUCUGUAUGUUUUACAACUUACUGUAGAGUAGCCUUCUAUGCAUAGCUGUUCCACUUGCCUGUGUAAGUUACAAAUCUAACAGAAAUGAAAGCAUGCAUUUUUCUCUGUUUGCUGGUAACCUAUGAAAUUAGAAACUUGUAUUUCUGUGUUUUUAAUGUGUUAUACUAUAAACAAAAUUCACAGCACUAUUGUCUAUGGAAUAUCAAAAAGUUUUAUCAGAAUGAAUUACUUUAAAUGUUUUGUCAAUUGAUUUAAUAAUGUGUCAGACAUCUACACUAAGACAAUAUAACGUUUAUCAAUAAAAAUAUCCUCUCUUUGUACUAACUUAACAUUUCAGGGUGUGCUUGGACAUAGGACUAGAGCACCCCUUUGAGUUCCAAUCCCAAUGAUUUAUUCAUUUUUGGCUUAAUUUUGAGAGUGCUUGUUUGACCUCAGCACUGGAUUAGGGAGUGAAGGAAGAAGAAAAGAGAGUUUUUAUACUUUGUAUUACCUGUGUCACUGAAUGUGUUUGCUGUAAAAGUGUGUGCACCACAGCAGCUCCUUUAGAAGUCAUCCAGUACACAUAGGAAUCUGUGCAGAAACAAACACUCUGGGAACUUUAUGUGUUAUUAUAUAAAGAGUCAAAUUCUGCUCUUUUACAACGGUACAGAUCUGAAAUUACUGCACUGCUGUUAAUUUAAUCUCUUCUAGCAAAGGGAAGCAGGUGUUGAUUGUCACUCUCCCAGCUGGAGGAACCUGUGCCUGCUCAGCCAUUGGAGCCGUGGUGAUGGGAGCCAGUUCUCCCUUGGAAGCAGUUCCUGGAGUAAUGAUUUCAGUAAUGCAUGGAAUAAUAAUGAGGGGAUGGGCAGCUUCCCUUGGAGUGCAGCAGGGCUGGUCAGAAGCCCCUCUGUGAGAGGGAAAUACUUGUGCUGCUUUUCUACUCUGCACCAGCUAGGGAGCUGCAGUUCCCCCUCACCCCAGCUCAGCCUGCCCUGGUGACAGGAUGCUUCUUCCUCCUACCUCAUCCCCAUGAGACACUUCAGCAGUGCCCCCUCCCAUUGUACUUUCCCUGAAGGAAGGGCUUGAGAUCCUGGCAUGUAACUGGGUCUGGCUGCCUCACCUUAGCCACCUUUACUUGUGUCUGUAACAUCCUCUGACAGAAGGAUCUGUUCCUUCUAGUACAUGCCAUGUCUCCAAGAGGCAGUGCUGUGUCUUAGGCAGGUUAUUUACAUUUACACAUCCCCAGCUCAUUCCAGGUACAGAAGAGUCCUGCAGUGCAGAAAAGGCACACAUGCUUAUUCUACGCCUCUGUCCAAGAGCACAGGGAUGAGGUGCAGCUUUUGAUGUUAAUGCACAAAAUGUCUUUGAUCAGUGCCAGCCCAGCGGUUGUCUGGAAAAUAUUUUCCAUUGGUGUAAUUGUUUGCUUUCCAUCUCUGUGUGCUUGCAACCCAAAGCAUAUGUUGGAAUCCAUACAGAUGCUUCCACUCUCUAGAUAUUUCCCCAUGACUGGUUUUCUGGUUCAAAGAUAAUCUUGCUUCUCAUCACAAUUUGGUGCAGCUCCAGUUGGCUGUUGGUCUCUGAAGAUACUCUCACUUCCUACCCCGUGCCAUGGUGAUAUGUCAAAUGUGCAUCUUUUUGGGUUCUGCCUUGUGUGCUUCACUUCAGAAAAUUUUUAUGUAGCUUACAGCCUGGAAAAGUUAGAAAUUGGUUUUCAGAGAUCAGGUGAGUAUUUGAAUUUCUAACCACUUUCAUUAAAAUUAGGAAAAUCAGAGUGUGAAGGCAAGCCAUCAUUGCUUUCAAUGGAGUAGAUAUGGAUGAACUUAUAUUCAUAUUCAUGUAUUCACUUCUGCUUCUUUAGAAGCUGUUCCUGUGUUGCCUUUACAGUUAUUCUUCAACUAUCACAAACCCUGACUAAGCAAAGAUGUGAAUUCUUAGUGCAGGAGGAAAAAAAAAAAAGUAUCAGAGCAAAAGUACAAACUGGUUAAAAGAAAACUAACCCUCCUCUCCCACAUGACUACCUUAAAUAUGCAAAACUAGAGCACAAAUCUGUUUUUUUUCCCCCUUUGGAGGUCACUUCUAGCUUGCUUUACAGAGGCCUGACUUGUGUCUUUGCCACCCCAGAAGUUACUUGCUUUGAAGUAAUAAUUGCAGAGAUACGAGAUCUGUUCUGUGUAAAUUGCAGAUAAAAAUCUCCCUCCAGGCUCUGCCCACUUGAUUUUGACCUGUUUAUUCCAACAGAAAGAGUGUGUGCAUGCUGGGCAGGUCGUGGGGCUGCCUGGCAUGCCUAAGCAAUGGGAUUUUACGCUGCAGGAAGGCUGGGACAUUUCCAUACAGCCCUCGUGCACACUUCCCAGCUCCAGGUGAGACUUCCUACCUGAGGCUUCUCCCCAUCUUUGCACAGGCAUGCCAGGACAUGGACAUCCUAGACGUGCUAACCACACCCUGGAAAACAAGGGCUUUAAUUUUUAGAGCUUUUAGUGCCAAAAUCAAAUUGGUCUGCUGCCUAAAGCUGGGCAGCCCAUGGGUUGCUGCUGGGCUGCACAGCUCCUGGAAGUGCAGCUCCCGAUCCCUGGUGCUGGGAGGUGGAUGCACACGGGUGCUCUCAGUACUCUGGGCUUGCUGGAAAGCUGAAGCAGAAGCAACGUGUGGCCAUGCCUUGGGGAGAGCAGUGUGGAGACAUGGGACUUGGGAUGAGCUGCAGGUAUGUUGUUUUGCGUGGUUUUCCUCCCUGCUACAGCAGUGAUCAGCGCUCUGGGCACAGCUGAGCUCCUGCCCACUUCCCGUCCAGCUGCCUUGAGCAGGCUGCAGCAUUCAGAGAGGAGGAGGAGGCUGAUCUUCAGCCUCUGACUGUGGGGAACAAACAGCACGCUCUUUACAGUGCCAAGCAAAUCGCUAGAGAAGAGUAGCACGGAAUAAACAAAACAGUUGAAUGCCACAGCCUGGAGAGAGCAGGUGCAGUGAAACUACUUCAAACUGUGCACACAAGAAGAUUUUACAAGUGAGCAUUUUAAAAAUAACCAGGGAAAAGAAAAUUAUUAUAUCAGCUGCAGUGCAAAUGUCUCAAACAAGUAACAUUUUAAAAAGAACUCUGCUUUGUAUGUGAACUUAAAUCAACACUGUUCUGCCUGAAAUUCUUUUGUGCUGGCUGCAGGGAGAGCUUGGAUUUUAGAAGUGUAUUUUCUAAUGUUGCAGAGCAAUGCCAUCUAGGGCAUAGAGCCUUACAGUUACCAACGGGAAUCCAUCAUUAUGACAGAGCUUCCUGGAUUGAAUAUUUAUAACUGGUUCAUCACAUCUGCAUUAGGCCUGUUGAAAUUUGCUCAUUUUCAAUAUAUGUUUCCAGUUUCAAUAUCUGUUUUCUGGACUAUGCUCAGUUGUCAGACAUUAGUGGAUUGUUUUGUCUCAACUGCAACAUAAUUAAUUUCUGGAUAUACCUUAUUUCCUCCUUAAAUCCUCUUGCUAGCUUUCAUCCAUGCAGCUCAGCAGGGAUUACUGAUGGUCUCUCUAAUCUUCAGCUACUUGAGGAAUCUGCAGAGGCUGUGAUUAGAGCCACAGUACACUUGGGCAGUAGAUUAAAAUAUUAAACCUAACAGGCCAGAUCCUGUCAUCCUUACUCAAAGCUAUUUACUGUGUUGCUGAGCCUCUCCUGUUCAAACCAAGCUGCCUCUAGAGUGCUGGUCUGUGUUAGCUGAACACACCCCAAGAACCUGGCCUGGUCACAGCCUGUCCUCACUCCUGGCUGAUGCACCUCUCUCCAGACUGAAGAUGAAGUACCAAAUACAAGGUAAAAAUCUUCUGGGUUUUGUCAAGACCUGUGGCAGUAAUGAUUGAUGAACUUGGACUCACAGGUAUUACGUUUUAGGUACCAUCUCUUCUUGCUUCCUGCCAUUUGAAUUCAUAAUGCUUGGCCUUUCUAGGGAAUGGUAGCAAUAUUUAGUGGCACUUCAGACAAAUACUGUUUGUCUCUGCAAUGGGUUUUGUUCUGUAGACACAAAUUUGCUCCCCAUUAGAGAAGAGCAAGUUCUUUAGUUUGCAAACCAGUCUCAGGACAUCUUUCAAACUCCCAAGGUUGCACACCAGGUUCUAGACCAGCCACCUUCUGCCUGUCUCUGUGAGAGCUGCAGUUGCAGCUGAUGAUCCUCAAGUUCCUGGUUGUGUAUGACUUCGUUGUUUUUACAAGCAGCUUCAAACUGAAGGCAAAAUACUUGACUACAAUUUGAAAGCAUACUGGGAAAUGUUAGUACUUUCACUAAUAAGCACAAGAGCUUUUAAUGUAGCUGCAGGAAUUCUUUCCCCUCCCCUGGAAUAGUGGCAUUCUUGUUGCUGUCUGAGCAUAGAGGAGGCCUGAUUCUCCUCCACGUUCGUAGUGGUCUGGUUUGGCUGCCAAGAGGUAAUAAAGCAAAUGCCUGCUGCUGCCUUAGAACAGCAUUGUCUGUGGGCACUCCAAGUCUGGGGAAGGAUUAGAUAUUAACAGUGCUAAUUAAGAAGCAUAAAGUGCAUUAGUAAUUAAAUUUUUGUAGGGUCUGUUAAACAGUGCACUGUCAAAACAUGAUGCUGAAGUGACUUGGUUCAUCACAGUUCUCCCUUGUUGUCCCACAAAUUGGUAUGGUGUAUGUUACUCCUUACUGUAACUGGAGAUCUAGAGUACAGAUGACUUUAUUUAGAAAACAAUUUUAAAGCCAGGCUAAAACCACUGUCUUUUCCCCUCUUCAGUGUAAAUAUAAAAGGAUGACUCACAAUCAUUACUUUCCUGCAAGUUAAGACAGCUGUGAGAGGAAGACUGGAAAUAUCAGCCUGGUUUUUUUUGAAGGUGAUGACAGCAUGCUGGUUUUUGCCAGGACUCCAUCCACCAUUGUGAGGCUGGUAUUUCCAAGUCCAAACUUGGAUCAGCUCGAGUUGCUGUGCUUCAGUGGUGGGUCAGAAACAGAAUCAGGGAUGCUGAACUGGGGUGCACUGAGGAAAUCCUUACCCAAACACGGGUCCUACCACUGCUUCACUCCUACCCACACUGUGCCACCUAAAAAAAGAUACAUGUUCAGCAGUGGGAUCAGAAUAUAGCUCAGAUAAUUCCCAAGUUCCUGAGGAUUAUUCACAGCUAGUGUCUGGCAGUCAUCAUCUCCCUUGACGGAGGUCUCAUCACUGCUGCCAUGUUACUUUGGCUCGGACUAUAGAGAAAGGAACAGCUUUUGGCAGAGACACAGCUGGAAUGAGCUUUCAUUGGCAGCUGGAGGCUCAUCAUUGCACCUCCCCUCUUGCUCCCUGAGCUUGUGAGGUUGCUGGUGAGGAGAUGGAUCCGAUGCCAUGGCCCUCACUUCUUCCUUUCACAGUGCUCAGAGACGUGUGUGGUGUUUCUGUGUUGCUUUGACUCUGCAGGGGCUUUCUGAGGAACUUGGGCUUCUGCUGCUCACCUUCUCUGGGAACUGAGAUGUCCAAGUGUUUGCACAUCCCCGUAUAAGUGUACAUUGUGUUUGAAUUCUGUUGUCAAAAAAAUCUUGAAAUUAAAAGAGGGAAGGUAAAAAGUAAGUGCUGCUGAGCUGGAAAUACAGUUCUGCAGCUUUUCCACUUUUUAAUUUCCUUGCUGGUCAGGAAGUUUAGCUGUUGUCAGCUCGCUCAUCAGAACCCCACCGUGGAGAUCUGUAUUGAUGUGAGGGAGUGUUGGAAAGCUGUUGGCCAGAGCUACCUCCAUGGGACAAGGCUGAGAGAAAGGGGAGAGGGAGAACAAGGAGAGAUUCUGCCUCACUGUACAUUGCGGGGCAACAGAACAGAGCACAGAACAACUCAGGAUCCCAGUACUAGCCUAGCUACAAAAACUAGGCUUGCAGAAAAACUAGUUGGCUCAGUUCUGUGGGGUUUUGUUCACUUGUUGGUUAGUGGGGAUUUUUGGUGGCUUAUUUUCUUUGUAUGUGUGUUAUUAUGUUCCCUUUGAUAUGUUCACAGUGUAUGAAAAAGUAAUCAGGAAAACUAAACAAAACAUCUCUGUCUGUUUUGCUCUUAAGCAGUUUUUGCUGUGCCUCCUCCAUGCAGUUUGAUUCCCAUCUCCCUCCUCUCUUGCUGUAAGGAACAGCUGAGUGCAAAUCAGAACAAGAAAUCCAGCAUGAAACCAAAAGUAUAACACACAUAAUGCUGCCAAGGGCCAGAUUUGGAAUGCACUGAAGUGAUAGCUGUCACGUGCUAUAAAAUGAAACGCACAUCAUGUUUUCAGGUGAGAAAAGGUCACUCUGAAGUCACUGGUGGACAUGACCUGGUUGUGGAGCCCGGGGUGGAUGCACCUCCAUGGCUGGGAGAUGGCACAGUUGUUCCCAUGGAGCAGAGCAACGUGUUCAGCUCGCAGGAGAGAGAUCCAAGCGACUCCUCUGUCUUUUCCUGGGCUGAGGUUUCUCUUCUCACUCCCACAGAGCUCAGAGCAGUGUGACAGGCGUCUAGGGCAGGAGCCAGAGCAAGAGGAAAGCGUCUGGAUGCAGGAAUCUUGGCUGCCAUGAGAGAAGCUAGCCAAAGGAAUUAACAGUUUCUGCUCCUUGUUGCAGCUGUCACCAUGUGAUAAGCAAGUCUGUUCUUUCCCUGUGGCACCUUCUCAGGACACUGGAGAUCCAUCCUGGUAACACGCUUUUCCUUUGAACUUGGGACAUGAUCCUUAUACUGCCCUGGCCCAGUCAACCCCAAAUUCCAUGGGAAAUCUUCCCUCACCUCUCCAUGGUUUGUAACACAGCAGAGCAGCAGCUUGGGGAAAGCUGUGUGCCAGUCUUGUCCAGACUAGUCAGGUGCUCAGGGGCAUCCCACCUUAAAUCCUUCUGCCUACAAAUUGCUCUCUGACCCAUACCCAUGUGAUGGAAAAUACAGCCCAGCUGUUCA